UCACCUCACUCUCUAAGUCACUCACCAAUUCACGUGGAUGGUGAGGAUAAUUCCCAUGGCAUCCUCAAUACGACCUUCGCUCUCGUCGUUUAGGUUCUCCGAUAGCGUAACGGCUUCGCGCCACGGCCUUCGCCUUCAUCGGCACCUCCUUUUCUCGCAUCUCAGCUCGGUUCCGCAGGCGCAAUUCUUUGGUUUGAAAGCUUCAAAGCUUUUGAAAACCGCAGGAACAAGGGCGCCUCAUGCUGUACAGGCAAGCACGGCUGUGGCGCUAGAAACUGCCCUGGAGUGGAUUAAAAAGGACAAAAGAAGAAUGCUUCAUGUUGUCUACCGAGUUGGGGAUUUGGAGCGGACUAUCAAAUUCCAUACAGAGUGCCUGGGAAUGAAACUGCUGAGGAAACGAGACAUACCGGACGAGAGAUACACCAAUGCGUUUCUUGGAUAUGGGCCAGAAGAUUCUCACUUUGUUAUUGAACUCACUUACAAUUACGGAGUUGACAAGUAUGAUAUUGGAACUGCAUUUGGUCAUUUUGGUAUUGCUGUUGAGGAUGUUACCAAGACUGUGGAACUUAUAAAGGCUAAGGGUGGAAAAGUAACCAGAGAACCUGGUCCAGUGAAAGGUGGUUCCACUGUAACUGCAUUUGUUGAGGAUCCUGAUGGUUACAAGUUUGAACUGAUUGAAAGGUGGCCUACUCCUGAAGCUUUGUGCCAAGUAAUGCUACGUGUUGGUGAUCUUGAGCGUUCCAUUAACUACUACAAGAAGGCCUUUGGCAUGGAGCUUCUUCGCACACGAGAUAAUCCAGAGUACAAGUAUACGAUAGCCAUGAUGGGCUACGGGCCUGAAGAUAAAAAUGCUGUGCUUGAGUUGACUUACAACUAUGGUGUCACUGAAUAUGUUAAAGGAAAUGGCUAUGCUCAGAUUGCGAUCGGCACAGAUGAUGUUUACAAAACUGCAGAGGGAGUCAAACUUUUUGGUGGACAAAUUACCCGGGAACCUGGGCCAUUACCUGGUAUUAACACCCAGAUCACAGCAUGCUUAGAUCCUGAUGGUUGGAAGACGGUUUUUGUUGAUAAUAUCGACUUUCUCAAGGAAUUGGAGUGUGAAACACCCUCGACCGAGUUAAGGGUACCGGCACCGAACAGAAGUUCAAGACUCGAGAUAGGGUCUCCGAUAAUCGUCGUCGAAGCGCCCAAGGUGAUAAAGACUGCAGCAUCGGUUCCAUGCCUCAGAGCUAACUCGGGCCUCGUCAAGCCCGGAGAUGUUGGAAGAAUUGUUUCAAGAAAACCCAAAGAUGUAUGGGCUGUUCGUCUGGCUAUUGGCACCUAUCUUUUAGAUGGUAAGUACUUCAAAGCUUUGGAAUUUGAUGAAUCUGAAGAAUGAUAUUGUGGUUUGAUGAUAUACAUCAGAUUUUUAAGAUAGUAU